AUGUGGACCCACGUGCUGCGCCGCGUCGUGCGCGCCGAGGAGCGGCAGUUCGACACCCGACGGCGUCAGCAGCUCGCCCAAGCUCAAUCCACUGCCUCUUCUUCCUCCACUGCCAUCCCGCCAGUCGCUGGCGUCGCUCCACGAGCGUCGCAAUCGCCAUCCCCCAUCGCCACCGCUUCCUCCAGAGCCGACAAGCAUCAGAUCCUUGAAACCGAAAAUAGUGUGGUACACACCGAAUCAGAACACCGUUAUCCUCAUCAUCAGAACGAAGACGACGAGGACGACGAGGGGGAUGGCGAUUACUUGCAGAAGCACUUGCUGUCGCGCUCGACGUCGGUCUGGAGCUGCCUGGAAGACACGCAGCAGGCGAACUGCUUGGCGCUGAAUGCGUCGCUCACGCUCUUGGCCGUGGGCGAGCGCGACGGACGCGUGACGAUUUGGGACAAUACGACGAUCCGCGUGAUUACGCGGGAGCUGGACCCGACGCUGAUUGCGGUGCCGGUUAUGUACGGACAGAGUGCUGUGUUGACGAGGAAGAGGGACGCUGGAGAAGCGCUGACGGGUGGGGAACAGCAUGCGGGUCUUGCCGCUGCAAAUGAGUUGGUAGAAGGCAAGAAAAAGGAGAAGAAGGAGGAAGAAGAAGAAGAAGAAGAGGAGGUGAAGACGCUAGAGAGGGAGGGAAUUGCUACUACUGCUGGAAAUGAGGACAGUGGAGGGAUUGGAGGGAGAGACGAGAUGGGUAGUGGAGGAGCGGGGCUGACGCUCGUGGACCUUCAAGUCGUGAAGACGGCGUUGAAAGUCGUGUCGCAGUGUGCGUGGUCGUGCGACUCGCAGUGGCUGUUUGCAGGCUGUGAAGAGAAGUCCACGCGACGAGCGAGACUGUGUGUGUGGAACGUGGAAGCAGCGACGCUCGUGUCGGCGUUUCAGUUUGACGGCACGAUUACGGCAUUGAGUGCCCACCCUCUCGAUCCAACGCUGGUUGUUGUGAGCUAUUGGAAUUCUCGUCCGGUACUGCUGGACGUCGUGUCGGGCAAGCGCAUAGUGUUGGAAAACGUGCCGCUGGAAAACGAGGAGAUGCCGCAAUCGACGCCACAGAGCAACUCGAAACAUCCCAUGCUUGCAUCUUGUGCACGGUACGGACGUUCAGGGAAGCGCAUCUACUGCGCCACAUCCAAGUCAACACUGGCUGUGCUGGAUGCUGCUACUUUGCAGUGUCUUGACAGUCUCAAGCUAAACGUGAUCGUCCAGUUUGUGGAUCUCUGCGUGAACUUACGCGAGACGGCAAUGUUACUUACCAGCUCAAAAGGUAUUCACGAGUUUGCCAUGGAUUCGACCACAGCGACUGGUACAUCACAGCAUGCACGCGAUGCAGUAUGUACUGGUGCAAUGGAACACCCUAUAGGGGUGCGUGAAGUGGCACUGCACUCGACUGGCGCAGUGCGUGCACCGUGGGCGGUUUGCUGCUUUAGCGGUGGAGAGGAGUUUGUAGUUGGUACACCUGUAGUGCGCCAUCGACACGUAGGCGAAAAUGGUUUGUUCACAUGGCAUCGCGCCUCCAAGAUUGGUCAGAACAGCAGCUCAGCACAAUACUGGGGUAAAAGAUGGUGUGCUGGCACUAGCUUGGGAUCGUAUGAGACAGAGUGUGCUCGCAGUUUCUACCAGUGGAGCUUUGCAUGUGCUUGA